AUGGCGACCCAAUCUUUGGCAGACUACCUGGCCAAGGCUAAAGCGGACGCUCUGACGCAUCUUGCGGGCAAGGGCCAAGCAGAUGGGCACCUUCUUCUCGUCAUGGGCAACAGCGCCGGCGAUCUCGACUCCGCCGCAUCCGCGAUCGGUCUCUCGUACCUCCUCACCCAAUUCCCGGAAGUCAGGUCUCGGCUAGGACUGCCAGCAUCACUCAAUAUUGCGCCUCUGGUGCAGACUGCACCGGAAGACUUGGUUUUGAGACCGGAGAAUAAGAUUGCACUUCUCGUUGCCGGUCUUCAAAGUACCUCACCGCUGCACGUCACCGACUUGAAAGACGCUGCAGGAAGGUCUCUGGACCAUUCUUCUAGUGUAUUUGGUCCCAGCAAUCGUGUGCACAUCGGUUUGGUGGAUCAUGCGGCGCUCGGAGCGGAAUGGAGAUCUAGCACUGGAUCGGAAGCAGACAGAGAUGUGGUAGCAGUGGUAGAUCACCAUGUAGACGAAGGAGCGCAUGCCGACGCCAAGCUGAGGAUACUGCAGGGCCCUGGCGCUCCCGGCGUCAACGUGCCGACAGGCAGCUGCGCGAGCAUCGUCGCUGGUCUCUUUCAUGAUCAUCUAAGCGCUGGCGAGGUCCCUCGAGAGGUAGCAGACUUGCUUUUAAGCGCCGUCAUCAUUGACACGGACAAUGUGCGUCCUGCUCCGGAGGGCAAGGCGUCCCAAGUGGACGAAGAGGCCAUGAAGACGCUGCUUCCGGUCUCAUCCUUCGCAGACCAGUCAAGGCAGACGCAACUACUCUCGGUAGCGAAAUCCAAUGUGCCUGCAGAGGUUCAGGCGCUGUCCCACGACCAAUUGCCUGUCCCCAGUGCCCAAGCCAAGAGCAACAGUACCAAGGAGUACUGGAGUCUGUUGGUGGCAAGCAAAGGUGCAGUGGACCACUUGUCCGACAGAGAUCUCUUGCGGAGAGACUACAAGGAAUCCUUGGUCUCCGAGGGAGCGUUCGCGAACGCUGCGGCGCUGAGAUUUGGUUUCUCGAGCGUGCCCAUCGGUCUGUCUAGAUGGAUCGGCAGGGUCAAUGAAGAGUCCGCCAGUGAGGCCGUCAGGACAACUGCAUGGAACAAGUGGUGGGAUGCUCUUGAUGCGUGGAGAAACGAGCGGCAACUCGAUGGGGUUGUCAUUGGCACAAGCUUUCGCGAGGCCAACAGAGAUGGUGAUGUCAAACAUCGCAGAGAAGCCGUGGUCGCGUUUGCCUCACGCAGGCUCACCGCAGCUCAGACCGACAGCUUCUGGCUGACCCUCAUCAGGGAGCUGGAGAGCUCGAGCGAGCUGGAUCUGAGGAAAUGGAAAGGUGCUCCGCUUCCAGAUGGAGGCAGAGAACACACCCUGGGUCUGGACGACGCCGGACGAAGAGGAGACCUGCGAGCCAUUGUUAGGCGGCAAGACCCCCACGCUAGUAGGAAAGUCGUGCUUCCUACUGUAGUGCGCGCCGCGAAGCUCGCUCUUUCACGCCUGUAA